AUGAAAGUUUUUAAUACAAAGCUUCAAACGGUAGUGAGAGAACAACUGACUGCGGAAGGGCAUCCAUUACCUUCAGAAGUUACCAUAGCAUAUAAUUUUGAAACAAACUCAAUAGAUUUUAAAGUCGUCUCUGCAAAGAAGUCAGGUUUUACAUUUAAUGAAGCAGAUGUCUAUUCGAAUGAAAACUUCAAAGCUAUUGCAUGGUUAGAUAAUGACGAUUGCUUUAAGAAAAUAUUUAAAUACAGUGACUCAACGAUGUCAAUAGAUGACCUUCGUGGAAUGUUACCAUCGACGUUUACAGUAGAAGGUUCAGCAGGAUUGCUUACAAGAUUGUCAAUUGGUGGCAUUUGGUCUCGUGAGAACAUUGUUAUAAAAUCCAGUAUAAGUGAAUUUGCUGAAGAAUCUAUAUUAUGUCUUUCAAACUAUAUGUAUUCGCCGCCAAAGCAUUAUAGUAUAACAAACUUUGUCAGUAAGUUUAACAUAAGACUUGUCGAACCUUCUUCAAUGAAAGAUGUUGUGCUACCUAAAGAUGGAAAGGAUGGACUCAUUAUUGAGAUGAUUUUAAUAGCAUAUUAA